AUGCAAAGAGCUGCGCAAUCUCUGAGAGCCAGGAAGGCUGCUGAAAAGAAGGCGGCUAAGGAAAAAGCCGUUUUGGAGGCAAACUUCAGACCUCCUACUCCUCCCGAGGCCAACCCUGAGGUCGUUAUUGGUGCCGAGGCAACUGAUGAAGCUCGGGAUAUGGUUUCGAUCGUUCCCGAGGUGGCCGGGCACAUCUCCCCUACGACCGACGUCCCCGAGGUGGUAGGGAUUCUGGUCGUUGCUGCUCCAGCCGCCGAGGCGAAAUCCAAAACUAGGGGAAAAAGACCCCGAGGUGAUGGCUCGGGAGUUUCUAGGAAGGAGAAAAGGAGUCGUAGCGAAACUCCAGUGUACAAGGACAAGAUUGCUUCGGCGAACUUUGUCGCUUCUUGCUCGGGUCCGCCACUGUCUACUCCCGAUGCCUUGUUGGAGGCUCAAAACUACCGUGAAACCGCUGCCGGAUUCCUGAAGGCCUUCCGUUCGAUGAAUUCUAUGGUUCGGGCCUAUGAUUCUAGAGCUCGGAAGUCCGAGCUGGCCCGUGAGAGAUCAGAGACGUCCCGAGCUAAGGUCGAAGCUAGGUUGUCCGAGGCGAUCGCGGCCAAACAGGAAGCUGAGGCGUUGGCCAAGGCCGAGAAGGUGGAGCGAUUGAAAGCUUCUGAGGAUAGCCUGCGGACUCAGAGAAAGCUUGAGGCCGAGGUCGAACGACUCCAUCGGUUAUUUAAUGAGGAGAAGGCUCUCCGGGAGAAGGAGAUUGUCAGAGAAAGGAGGGCAGCCAAAAGAGAGUUUGCCGAGAAGGUCAGGGCUAUCGAGGCGAAGAUGGACCAGUUCGGGGAGGUAUCCACGCGCUACAUGUACUUGGUGCAAGAGCGGGCUAAUGCCGAGCUGAUAGCCGAGCCGGAGGAAGGGAAAAGGGUAGAAGAUGAGAAGGCCGAGGUCCUUCAAUGGACGGCUGAGUAUGGGGACGCCGAGGAUGAGUACGUCUGUCUCGGGACCGAGCUGCGAGAGGACUUGAAGCUUCCUCCGGUUUCCCCGGACUCUGUCGACGAUAGCUUUGGGAACCGUUCGAUCGAAGGUGCCGCGGCUGCGAUAGGCGUUGCCGACCAGUCUGGUUCGAACCGAGGUACCGAGGUAGCUCAAGUUUCGCCGGUUACCCAAGACUCGAUCUGA